GGCUCCGCCCGCGGAACCCGGUUUCCCAGGAACUUUUCGUUAACGUGGGUCUCCUCCGAAGCCGGGUGGGCGCCGGCGCCAUGGACGAGCUACCCUUCGGUGAGGCGGCUCUGGAACAGGCACUGGCCGAGGUGUGCGAAAUGGACGCGGCGCUCUUGACCGACAUCGAAGACAUGCUUCAGCUCAUCAACAACCAAGACAGUGACUUCCCUGGCCUAUUUGAUGCCCCCUAUGCUGGGGGUGAGACAGGAGACACAGGCCCCAGCAGCCCUGGUGCCAGCUCUCCUGAGAGCUUCUCUUCUCCUGCUUCUCUGGGCUCCUCUCUGGAAGCCUUCCUGGGAGGACCCAAGGUGACACCUGCACCCUUGUCCCCUCCACCAUCGGCACCCACUGCUGUAAAGAUGUACCCGUCCGUGCCCCCCUUCUCCCCUGGGCCUGGAAUCAAAGAGGAGCCAGUGCCACUCACCAUCCUGCAGCCCCCAGCACCACAGCCAUCGCCAGGGACCCUGUUGCCUCCGAGCUUCCCUCCUCCACCUGUGCAGCUCAGCCCUGCUCCUGUGCUGGGGUACUCAAGCCUGCCUUCCGGCUUCUCAGGAACCCUUCCUGGGAACACCCAGCAGACGCCAUCUAGCCUGCCACUGGGCUCCACGCCAGGAAUCUCGCCCACCCCCUUACACACCCAGGUCCAGAGCUCGGCCGCCCAGCAGCCGCCGCCAGCCUCAGCAGCCCCUAGAAUGAGCACUGUGGCCUCACAGAUCCAGCAGGUCCCCGUUGUACUGCAGCCACACUUCAUCAAGGCAGACUCGCUGCUGCUGACAGCUGUAAAGACAGACACAGGAGCCACAAUGAAGACCGCAGGCAUCAACACCCUGGCUCCUGGCACAGCCGUGCAGGCAGGCCCCUUGCAGACCCUGGUGAGUGGAGGGACCAUCCUGGCCACAGUACCACUGGUUGUGGACACAGACAAACUGCCCAUCCACCGACUAGCAGCUGGUGGCAAGGCCCUGGGCUCAGCUCAGAGCCGUGGUGAGAAGCGCACAGCCCACAAUGCCAUUGAGAAGCGCUACCGUUCCUCUAUCAAUGACAAGAUUGUGGAGCUCAAGGACCUGGUGGUGGGCACUGAGGCAAAGCUGAAUAAAUCUGCUGUCUUGCGCAAGGCCAUCGACUACAUCCGCUUCUUACAGCACAGCAACCAGAAACUCAAGCAGGAGAACCUGACCCUGCGAAGUGCUCACAAAAGCAAAUCACUGAAAGACCUGGUGUCAGCUUGUGGCAGUGGAGGAGGCACAGAUGUGUCUAUGGAGGGCAUGAAACCUGAAGUGGUAGAAACGCUGACCCCUCCACCCUCAGACGCCGGCUCACCCUCCCAGAGUAGCCCCUUGUCCUUGGGCAGCAGAGGCAGCAGCAGUGGUGGCAGUGACUCUGAGCCCGACAGCCCAGCCUUUGAGGAUAACCAGGUGAAAGCCCAGCGGCUGCCUUCACAUAGCCGAGGCAUGCUGGACCGCUCCCGCCUGGCCCUGUGUGUACUGGUCUUCCUGUGUCUGACCUGCAACCCAUUGGCCUCACUGUUUGGCUGGGGCAUCCUCACUCCCUCUGAUGCUUCGGGUGUGCACCGUAGUUCUGGGCGCAGCAUGCUGGAGGCCGAGAGCAGAGAUGGCUCUAAUUGGACCCAGUGGUUGCUGCCACCCCUAGUCUGGCUGGCCAAUGGACUACUAGUGUUGGCCUGCUUGGCUCUUCUCUUUGUCUACGGGGAACCUGUGACCAGGCCACACUCCGGCCCGGCUGUACACUUCUGGAGACAUCGCAAACAAGCUGACCUGGAUUUGGCCCGGGGAGAUUUUGCCCAGGCCGCUCAACAGCUGUGGCUGGCCUUGCAAGCCCUGGGCCGGCCCCUGCCCACCUCAAACCUGGAUCUGGCCUGCAGCCUGCUUUGGAACCUCGUCCGCCACCUGCUGCAGCGUCUUUGGGUGGGCCGCUGGCUGGCAGGCCAGGCUGGGGGCCUGCAGAGGGACUACAGGCUGAGAAAGGAUGCUCGUGCCAGUGCCCGAGAUGCGGCUGUCGUCUACCAUAAGCUGCACCAGCUGCAUGCCAUGGGCAAGUACACAGGAGGCCAUCUUGUUGCUUCUAACCUGGCACUGAGUGCCCUUAACCUGGCUGAGUGUGCAGGAGAUGCUAUAUCCAUGGCAACACUGGCAGAGAUCUACGUGGCAGCUGCCCUAAGGGUCAAAACCAGCCUCCCCAGAGCCUUGCACUUCUUGACACGUUUCUUCCUGAGUAGUGCCCGCCAGGCCUGCCUGGCACAGAGUGGUGCAGUGCCUCUUGCCAUGCAGUGGCUCUGCCACCCUGUAGGUCACCGUUUCUUCGUGGAUGGGGACUGGGCUGUACACGGUGCCCCCCAGGAGAGUCUGUACAGCGUGGCUGGGAACCCAGUGGAUCCACUGGCCCAGGUGACCCGACUAUUCUGUGAACAUCUCCUGGAGCGAGCAUUGAACUGUAUCGCUCAGCCCAGCCCAGGGGCAGCUGAUGGAGACAGGGAGUUCUCAGAUGCUCUUGGAUAUCUACAGUUGCUAAAUAGCUGUUCUGACGCUGUCGGAGCUCCUGCGUGCAGCUUCUCUGUCAGUUCCAGCAUGGCUACCACCACUGGCACAGACCCAGUGGCCAAGUGGUGGGCCUCACUGACAGCCGUGGUGAUCCACUGGCUGAGGCGGGAUGAGGAGGCAGCUGAACGCUUAUACCCACUGGUAGAGCACAUUCCCCAAGUGCUGCAGGAAACUGAGAGACCCCUUCCCAGGGCAGCUCUGUACUCCUUCAAGGCUGCCCGGGCUCUGCUGGACCACAGAAAGGUGGAAUCCAGCCCAGCCAGCCUGGCCAUCUGUGAGAAGGCCAGUGGGUACCUGCGGGACAGCUUAGCCUCUACAUCAACUGCCAGUUCCAUUGACAAGGCCAUGCAGCUGCUCCUGUGUGAUCUACUUCUUGUGGCCCGCACCAGCCUAUGGCGGCGCCAACAGUCAGCAGCUUCAGCCCAGGGAGCUCACGGUACCAGCAAUGGACCCCAGGCCUCUGCUCUGGAGCUGCGUGGUUUCCAACAUGACCUGAGCAGCCUGAGGCGCUUGGCACAGAGCUUCCGGCCUGCUAUGAGGAGGGUCUUCCUACAUGAGGCCACAGCUCGGCUGAUGGCAGGAGCAAGUCCUGCCCGGACACACCAGCUCCUGGACCGCAGUCUGCGGAGGCGGGCAGGUUCCAGUGGCAAAGGAGGCGCUGCAGCUGAGCUGGAGCCUCGACCCACAUGGCGGGAGCACACAGAGGCCUUGCUGUUGGCCUCCUGCUAUCUGCCCCCUGCCUUCCUGUCGGCCCCCGGGCAGCGAGUGAGCAUGCUGGCUGAGGCAGCGCGCACCGUGGAGAAGCUUGGCGAUCACCGGCUCCUGCUUGACUGCCAGCAGAUGCUCCUGCGCCUGGGUGGCGGGACCACUGUCACUUCCAGCUAGACCCCAAAGCUUCCCCCAGUACCCUUGAGGACCUUUGUCCCUGGCUGUGGUCUUCCAGAGGCUGAGCCUGACAAGCAGUCAGGAUCGUGCCGACCUCUAGUGGCAGAUCUGGAGAUUGCAGAGGCUGCACGGGGCCAGUGCCACCCUCUUGCUCUGUAGGCAUCUUAGUGGCUUUUCCUGACCUUUCCCUUGCUGGGGGCCAUACUGUCUCAAGGCUCUCACCCCGGGGAGGCUGUACAUAGUGUAGAUCCGCUGAGCCCAGCUCCUGGGCGGGCUCAUGUACUACUUUUACAAACUUUAUUUUCAUAGGUUGAGAAAUUUUGUACAGAAAAUUAAAAAGUGAAAUUAUUUAUAACUUGAGUUUUAUUUAUCUGGGUAGGCGGAUGUUUGCCUCAUCUGAUUGCCAUCCUUCCUGGAUUGUCCUUCGGGAAGCUGGACUUCCCAUGCUGUACAAGUGUUUGCUGGCUUCUGCCUUGUGCGGUAUGUUGAGCCAACCUGGCCCUCUAAUCUCAUGGCUACCCUGUGGCUCCACCUUGAAGGGCCUUGAUGGCAUCAGUUGUUUCUUUGCCUUCCAGCCCUCCACCAGGUCCCAGGGUAAUGAUAUCCCGUGUGCCUGGAAACAGACACACAGUUCCCUGGUUCUCUCUGUUACCAGCAUAGGUGAGGGAUCAUGGUCCACUCAGGAGCAGAAUCCGGGAUCCCUGUUUGUGUCCCCUGGCCCCUCCCUCUACUCCCAACCCCUUAGGGAAUCUGGUUGGCAUCCAUGGGCCACAAACUUCCAAAACAAUCGUGGUAUCUUUAUUGACUUUUUUUUCUGAAUGCAAUGACUGUUUUUUUUUUUUUAACUCUUAAGGAAAAUAAACAUCUUUUAGAAACAGCUCGAUACACACAA